UUUUUUUUAACCACGGUCUGCCAGAUUUUUGUUUUAUAUGUUUUUUUGUUAACUUGGUCAAACCUGAAGGGUAGUUUUCUUUUUGAAUUAUUUCCCUUAAAAUCUUUGAGUUUUCCCGUAUAAUAAAAUGUACCUUGAACUCCAAAUUUUGUUCUUUAAGUUCAUAUGAUGAAUAAUGCUACGUUAACAUAAUAUUUUGACAUAAAGGUUGACAUAAUUGAUGUGUAAGAGUUGUUGAUUUUCAAAUUAAUGUGAUGUGUAAAACCACAAAUAUUGCCAUGUGUAUACUAUGUUAAACUCUAUGUCAUCUAUUAUGUUUUUAUAGCAUGGUCCAUAUCAUAUUUAGGGCUGAUCUGCAUAUUAGUUAUUUGUUUAGCAUGAAAGAGAUGUAACAAAUCUUUGAUUUUUAUAAUAUUUUCAUAGAAAGAGAAUAAGGUUCUCACCUGUGUUCUUGUUUAUCUAUGGAUAUACCUUUUCCAUCCCAAUUUCCUACAUAUCAGUUAUGUUCUGUGGUUGAUGUGUAAUUGGCAUGUGUUUGUCUUUGACCAGUGUAUGUAUUCAGGAAAUGCAACCAUUUAGUGAUCAUCUUGUGGUUUAUGAACGAGAAAAUGGUUUGCCCAAGAUAUCAAUAUAUUGCCUUCCACCUAUUGGAGAGCCACUUGACACACUUCGAGGUGGUCGGACUGUAAAUUUCAUUGAUCCGGUAUAUUCAGUGGAUUCGUCAGAAUCGCAAUUCUAUUCCAGUAUUUUGAGAUUUUUUUAUAGCUCAAUGAGGACACCUUCUUCUGUAUACGAUUAUGAUAUGAAUUCUGGGACCUUAGUUCUCAAGAAGAUUGAUGCCGUGUUUGGAGGCUUUGAUUCUGCUAAUUACAUAACCCAACGGGUGUGGGCUACUGCUACAGAUGGCACUCAAACACCCAUUUCUGUUGUAUAUAGAAAAGAUUUAGUGAAGCUUGAUGGUUCAGAUCCACUAAUCCUUUACGGUUAUGGUUCAUAUGAGAUAUGUGUAGAUCCAUAUUUCAAGGAAUCAAGAUUGUCUUUGUUAGACAGGGGUUUCAUUUUCGCAGUUGCUCACAUUCGUGGAGGUGUGAAAUGGGGAGACCAUGGAAAUAAGUAUUGUUCCACGGAAAAGCUUUGCAUCGAGAGGAGAAGUGCUGGUGGUUUGCUAAUUGGUGCUGUUAUUAACAUGCGGCCUGAUUUGUUUAAGGCUGCUGUUGCUGGAGUACCUCUCGUAGAUGUUUUGACUACUAUGCUUGAUCCAACUAUUCCUCUGACAACAUCAGAGUGGGAGGAAUGGAGUGAUCCUCGCAAAGAAGAGUUUUACUUCUAUAUGAGGUCAUAUUCCCCAGUUGAUAAUAUACACGGGUCGUACUCAGAAGCAGCCAAAUUUGUUGCAAAGUUGAGAGAGAUGAAAACUGAUGAUAAUAUGAACUUGGUGCCGGACAUUUUUCAAAAUCUGGACGGUAAGAAUGUCAAAUCCUUUGAGUGUUUUCCUAAGAUAUGUAUUUUUCUAUAUUUGUCAACCAUAUUGUUUUUUUUAAAGAAUUGAAUGGGAAAACAAAACCCUCUGUUUA